UAAUGCAUUUCUCUUCUAUUCUACUCAUUUUUUGCUUUUCCUUUACUAUUCUUUUUUUUUUCCCUUCUCUCUUAACACCACCCACCCCAAAUCAAGAACCUCACCUCUUUAUCUUUCUCUCUCUCUCUCUUUAGCAUAGAUUUCCUCCAUUGCAAACAAAGCUUCCACCUUUACAGCUUUUUAAGGUCCAUAUUGCCUCUACAUUCACAUUACCCACCAACCACUUUGUUUAACCCACCAUUAAAAUAAAGUUUUUCUAGUUUUUCUUCACAAAGAUUGGAUUUUUGUCUGGUUUUCUUUGAACAGUUGCUUUAGCUUCUGUUUUUUUUUUCACUGUUUCUUUUUGACCCAUUUCAGCUGACACCCUUCUUCUUCUGAACUGUUAGCUUUCUUGGCUUUUGUGGGGUUCUUUUGGUUUUCACUUCUGCAUUGGCUUAUCUAUGUGUUUUGGGUUUCUGUUUGAGCAAAAAAAGAAACUUUCUUUGCUUCUUUGGGUUCUUAAGGAAGAAGAUCAAGGGGGUUAAGGUUGGUUUCUGUAGAUCACUGGUGUAAAGGGGGCAAUGGAGUAAAUCUGAGUCUGGAAUUUUGCUUUCUUUUAAUCUGCUGUGCUGGAAAUGUCUUCUGGGGACUUGAAAAGUGAUUUGUCUAGGAAGACAUCAUUUUUGGGUCUCAAACUAUGGGUUGUAAUGGGGUUAUGUGUUGGUGUAUUUAUUGUUGGGAUACUAUGUAUGUUGUCGAUAUGGGUAACGUGUAGGAGAAAAUCUAGAAGAACGUUGGACGGGUAUUCCCAUUGCCAAAUACCCCAUGUUUCUAAGGAUAUUAAGGUUGAUAGAGUAGGUGCUGCGAAUGUACAUGAUCAUCCUGAAAGCUUGUUUCUAACUAUUCACGAUAAACCAAAUGAAACAACGUCGGAGAAGAUGUUAGUCCAUUUGGGUAGGAGCAAAUCAAGUGAUGCUGAUAACAUCAGCCAAUGUAGUUCAAUAUAUCAUCAUGAAAGGGGCUUUAGUUCACAGUCAGGGGAAGAGGGAAGUUCAGGAACAGUGAGAAAACAACCAUCCUAUGGUAUUGCAAUGCCCUCUCCUUUGAUUGGCUUGCCAGAAGUCUCACAGCUCGGGUGGGGCCAUUGGUUCACGCUUAGAGAUCUUGAACUUGCAACAAAUCGUUUCUCUGCUGAGAAUGUGCUUGGCGAAGGUGGAUAUGGUGUGGUUUACAAAGGAAGGUUGAUCAAUGGUACAGAAGUUGCUGUAAAGAAGCUCCUAAAUAAUCUUGGCCAAGCUGAGAAAGAGUUUCGGGUUGAAGUAGAGGCAAUUGGUCAUGUUAGACACAAGAAUCUAGUGCGUCUUCUUGGUUAUUGCAUUGAAGGUGUUCACAGGAUGCUGGUUUAUGAGUAUGUCAAUAAUGGAAACUUGGAGCAGUGGCUGCAUGGAGCUAUGAGACAUCACGGUACACUUACAUGGGAAGCCCGUGUGAAGGUUCUCCUUGGUACUGCAAAAGCGCUUGCUUACUUGCAUGAAGCCAUAGAACCUAAAGUAAUCCACCGAGACAUUAAGUCUAGUAAUAUCUUGAUUGAUGACGCGUUCAAUGCCAAGGUCUCUGAUUUUGGAUUGGCAAAACUAUUAGACUCAGGAGAGAGCCACAUCACCACCCGAGUCAUGGGUACAUUUGGAUACGUGGCUCCAGAAUAUGCUAAUACUGGAUUGUUAAAUGAGAAGAGCGAUAUUUACAGUUUUGGCGUUCUAGUGCUAGAAGCAGUGACUGGUAGAGAUCCUGUGGACUACAGCCGUCCUGCUAAUGAGGUUAAUCUUGUUGAAUGGCUCAAAAUGAUGGUUGGAAAUCGAAGGGCUGAGGAAGUUGUGGAUUCUGAUAUUGAAGUUAGGCCUAGUACUCGUGCUCUGAAACGGGCACUUCUGGUUGCACUUAGAUGUGUUGAUCCUGAUUCAGAAAAACGACCCCGAAUGAGCCAAGUAGUUAGAAUGCUUGAAACUGAAGAAGUUCCAUAUCGCGAGGAUCGACGAAACAGGAGAAGUAGAACAGCCAGCAUGGAAAUAGAAUCAGUAAAGGAAAGUUGCAGCAGCUCAGCUGAUGUGGAAAGCAAGGUGGGGAGAGCAGAUAGCAGCACAUCUGAUACAAUUCUUGGAUAGGGACUCUGACACACAUGCACAUGACUCCAAGUGGAAUGUAUAAUUGCAUCAUAUUCCCCCACCCCCCCUCAAACCCACACCAACCCCUCCAUUGAGAUUUAAAAGCUUUCAGUAACCCAAUGAAGGAUAUUUCCAAGUUGGUUUUCUGAAAAGAUUCCUCUGAAUGACAGAAUGGUAAUUGAAGCAUUGGCUCUUCUUUCAGUGCUUCUGUUGGCAGGUAGUGCAUGGAAAUGAGGACUUAUUGCUAUGUCAUACUAGGAAAGAGAGUAGUAGGAGAGAUUGUUUAUGUACAGAUAUGUCUUGAGGAUUAUGUGUUAUUAUUGUCCUUUCUAAAUACAAUUUGAUCAUCAUUCUUGUCUCUAUUCUAGGUUUGAGUAGAAAACUUUUUCACAUCA